GUCCAAAAACGUCAAAUGAAUUUUUGAAAUAAAUCAACAGUGCUGCCACGCCAAAUUCCAGUGACCGAACGCCGUUUCCCCCAGAUAAGUUUCUGAACUGCCCGAAAUUAACCUCUAUAACCUAAAAAAUCUCGUAUCGAAUUUACGAAAAUCAAACCAAAGAAAAAUGGAUUCGGCACUAUCGAAUUUGACCGGGGCCCAAAAGGACGAGCUCAUGGACCAGGUGAAACAGCAAAUCGCCGUGGCUAAUGCACAAGAACUUUUGACAAAAAUGACGGAGAAAUGCUUCAAGAAGUGCAUAUCAAAGCCGGGCACUUCGUUGGACAGCUCGGAACAGAAAUGUAUUGCUAUGUGCAUGGACAGAUAUAUGGACUCCUGGAAUCUCAUUUCGAAAGCGUACAGCAUGCGAAUCCAGAGGGAAAGGCACAUGUAAUAAAUGUGUUUGUGUACAAAUUAAACAAUAUAGUGGUAGAUUAGCUGAUGCAUUUUCAGUGGUAACUUUCAAGACACAUUUACGUGUAUAUAUAGUGUAUAUCCGGGCGUUUUGGAUAAUUUGCCUCAUGUGUAGCCAUGUUGUUAUUUUUUGUAGGGUGUUACUUUGAAUUGCAGGUUUUUUACAUAUAAAUCUUCAUUGACUCAUGUUCCUGUUGUGAUAACUUAAUUCAAUAUAUAUAAAGAAUUUGUUUAA